AUGCUGUGCACUGGUGUCGGAACUAACUUUUGGGUUUACCUUACGCCUUUGUUUUGUUGCCUGACUAUGGCUUCCCGGACAUGCCAUGCUGUACUGGACAAAGCUUCCUACACGAAUUCCGCGCCCAACAUCGCGCAGGAUCUUAGGCACACAACAUCAUACUGUCC